ACAGUUUCCUCCAUCAUUCCCAAUUUUUCUUUCGUUACUCUUUUGUUUACUUAGUCACUCAUUAAUUUCUCUUCUUAUACUCUUCACAGCCUUUAAUUACCACAAUGACUAAAGAAGGCAAUAACAACAAGGAGUGGGCUCACGGCCUUAUGGAUUGUUGUUCUCCUGGUGGCCUUUGUCUUAUGACUACAUUUUGUCCAUGUAUAACGCAUGGGAAAACCGCCCAUAGGUUGGAACAUGGCAAUUUAGACGAUUACUCGUGCUGUAAUGGAUCUUGUAUCCUAUUCGCCAUUCUUACACACUGCGGACUCCAGUGCAUCCCCGCGACAAUGCAACGAGGCGAGCUGCGCGAGAAGUACAAUCUUGAGGGUGGCUGCUUUGGAGAUUUCUGCAAAUCUUGCUGGUGCACUUGCUGUGUCUUAAUCCAGAAUGAGAAGGAGUCAGAACAGCGCGAAUCUCUCCUGAGAGGCUCGUCCGAGGGAUACCAACCUAACGGCGGUAUGGUGUAUCCACAGGGAAAUUAAUUUGAAUGAGCUACAAGUAUACCAAGACAAUACUUAAAAACUCAUUGACGUUAACUGAGAUUUUACGCGCCUCAUGAGGAGUGUAUAUGCGAUAAGAAGUGUUUAGAUGUUCAAAGGGUGCGGGAAAAAUCACGCAGGAAGGAUUUAGGACAAGAUCUAUGAAGGAAAGCUGUUUCAGUCAGCAUUAUUGUUUCAGAAUUUUUUUUUUUUCCCUUUAUUAACGUUUAUUAUAUGGAAUAGGAUGUGGCAUCCUGAUUUUCUAGGAAUAGUGUUUAGCGG